AUGAAGAUCCUCAUCACGGGCGCCGGCGGGUUUCUAGGACAAUUCCUGGCGCGCGAACUCCUGUCCGACCCUUCGCACCAGGUCGUGUUGACGGACAUUGUCGACGUCCCCGUUCCCAAGGGGGCCCAAAACCCGCACAACGCGAGAUGCGUCAAGGCGGACCUGCUGAAGGACGACCACAGCAGCAUCGUCACGCCGGACCUCGACGCGGUGUACAUCUUCCACGGCAUCAUGUCGUCGGGCAGCGAAGCCAACUACGACCUCGGGAUGAGCGUCAACCUCGAGAGCACGCGGCUGCUGCUCGACACGAUCCGGCGCGUGCGGCCGGGGCUGAGGGUGAUCUACGCGUCCAGCCAGGCCGUGUACGGGCGACCGCUGCCGGACGUCAUCACCGAGUCCGUCCUGCCGACGCCGGAAGGGUCCUACGGGGCCGCGAAGCUCAUGUGCGAGACGCUGGUCAACGACAUGAACCGCAAGGGGUACAUCGACGCCGUGACGCUGCGGUUCCCGACCAUCUCGGUGCGCCCGGGGAAGCCGGCGCCCGCGGCGAGCGCCUUCAUCUCUGGCAUCAUCCGCGAGCCGCUGGCGGGCAAGGAGUGCGUCGUGCCCGUCAAGGACCGCGCGUUCCCGAGCAACGUGUGCUCGCCCAACACCCUGAUCCGGAACCUGGUGCACGCCCUGACGCUCAAGGGCGACGCCCUCCCGCCGCACAAGCGCGUCGUCAACGCCCCCGGCAUCCGCGUCACCAUCCAGCAGAUGCUCGACGCCCUGGCCAGCGUCGCCGGCGAGGACAAGCUGCGGUACGUCAGGGAGGAGCACGACGAGUUCCAGGCCCGCAUCCUCUACUCGUGGGCGUACAACUACGACAACACCCUCGCCUUGAGUCUGGGGUUCGAGGAACCCGCGAGCUUCGAAGACGCCGUGAGGGAGUAUGUGGAUUUCAUGGCCGAGCAGGAAAAGCUGGGUUGA